AGCGGACGCGGGCGCAGUGCGGCCGUGUGCCACCCCGGGGAACGCUCGCCGUGACGGGGAGGCGGUACUAGCCCGGGGCCGCCACCCCAUGCUUUGAAUGCUUCGAGCUUGAGUUUGAAGUGGAAACCCGAGGGCCGACGCCUGGGCCCGCCCCCUCCCCUCCGCCGGGGGGCAGGCCGUGCGGCGGUCGAGCCCCGCCGGCGGCUUCUCUGAACGCAGCCCUUCCCCGCACAGUCCUUCCUGAACGCCCCACAGCCCGACGCCUCCAGAGCCACGGUGUGCCUGGGCGCGGGGUAUACGGCCCAACCACGUGAAGCCUCACCUGAGGGCCGACCUGAGGGCCGGGGUGCUGCCGCCCGCUAGCCCCGCCGCCCUCCACCCCACCAGCUCCCGUCCAUACGGGGGCCACUGCGCGAAGGCCCGCGUUCGCAGAGCAGCGUUCCGAGCGCGCCGCGUCUGGGUGAAACGGUCCCCAGCUGGGCCCGAUCAGUUGACCGUGGCGGAAUAGGCCUGUGUGGCCUCUGCCCUUCACCGUAGAGCGGGCCUUUGUCAGAGGUCAGGUCCUUAUCUUGGAGAGGGAAGCCGGUGCCUUUCGAAGGCUUGAGCUUCACGCGGUCUGAAGACUGGGGAUCACGGGCGCCAUCUCGUGGAAUGCUCCAGAAGCGCAGGAAAUGUGGACAUACAGAGACACACCAGGGAUUCUCAAGCACAGAAGAAAGAUCACGUGAGGACAUGGCAAGAAGGCAGCCAUCUGAGAGCCAGAGAGAGAGGUCUCAGGAGAAAACAAGCCAGCCCACACCUUCAUCUGCACUUCCAGCCUCCAGAAUUAACUUCCUCUAGAACCAGGAAACUUUGCAAGUAUGAAAUACUCUGAAAGAAGGUGAAGAAGGAAGUUAACUGACCAAAGUGAGAAAGAGGAACAUGUUCUAAACCAAAGCAGGUUUAACCAAAAGAACAGAAGAGAGCCCAGUAUAACCAAUCUCAAGAAAAGGAAGUGGAGUCAAAUAAAAUCCUCCCUGACACAGUGCGAUUAUCCUUUAAUGAUUGCAACGGAAACAGCAUUAGAUACGACAAGAACCAUCUUCUAAAACUAAAUAUAUUCAAUUGCUAUUCUAAUUGUAUCAGGACUUUGCCAGAUUAUGUUCCUUCAGAUCUGAAAAAGAAAUGUUAAAAAGAGUUUUCAAAACUACUUUUGAACCAUAUGCUACAAGGAAUUACAUUGAUCUGUACCCGUGAUUUCAUUAAGGGCUACACCAUACUACUAAACAACACUGUGCAGAAAUGUUGAAAAGCUGUGGAAAUACUUCAGUGGUCAUUUCUACAGGAAUUUCCCUUCUUUUGCUUUUGGUGAUCUGUGGAAUUGGGUGUGUAUGGCGCUGGAAACAUCAGAACACAAUGCAAUUUACCUUACCGAAGUUUUUGCAAAGGAGAAGCAGCAGGAGAAAAGAUUAUACUAAAACACUCGCAGGUCCUCACAUUAUCAGUCCAAGGCAUAAAAUCUCAGUUCAAACCCAAGACCACAGAUAUGCUGCUGGGGGGACUGGCGAACAUGGAAACUAUGAAAAUGUGGAAGCGGGUCUCCCCAAAGCUAAAGAAGAAACAGAUAAGGAACUAUAUGAGAACACUCGGCGGACCGAUUUCGAGGAGCAUGUCUAUGGAAAUGAGACACCAUCUGACUAUUAUAACUUCCAGAAGCCUAGUACUUCUCAAGGCCCUCAAGAUGAAGACAUAUAUAUUCUUCCAGAUUCAUAUUAACUUUUCAAAAUACUGGGUGUAGAUACUGGAGGAUAUUCAUUUGGACUUCUGUUGUACUGAUGUCAUUAUUAAUCAAGUUCUUCUGAUGAAACUCAGUUUCUCUUGUCUUAAUUCCAGCCUUUGAACCCUCUUUAUGUGUAUCACUGGGUUAACUCUAGACAGAUCACCUCUUCACCCUUCUGGUCCUGGAUUAAGUCUGCAUUGUUAAUAUUGAUUCUUCCUUCUAAACGUUACUAACUAUCGUUUUAUUUUAUUUCUAUCUCCACAGUAUUUUUCUGGCUCAGGGUUAUUGUCAGCCUUUCUGGCUCUAGCUUUUACAACUCAGUUCCCUAUGAUGCUGCCAGAUUUACCUUCAGAAAAUAUUCUGAAUGGCCACAUCACUCCUUUCCUUAAAAAUUUUGAAUGCCUCCUCUUUGAAAAAGGCAUAGUACUCAUAAUUCUAACUCCGUAAUUCAUGAUUUCCCACAGUUGGCUCCAAUUUACUUUUCCAGUGACUUCUACUGAUGCCUCACUUCUCUAUUUUCAUCAGAAUCUUCUCAAAACCUACUAAAUUCAUCCCUCCUCCAUGGCUUUGCUUAUCUGCUCCCUCUCAAACCUGCCUCAGAUGAUAACUAAUUUCAUAGGUCUUCUGAAUCAUUCCAAACAUACAUUUAUAUUUUUCUUUAAUGGUCUCUCAUAGACUUUGCUACCUGUUCAGUUCUUUGGACAUUUAAACCCAUUAAUGUUCACUAUGGCGUUUUGCUGUUUAUUAUUAUUUGAGAAUGUCUUAAAUUCCCUGCUAACUGGUAAGGAACCACCUCAUAGUCAUAUUUUAGCCCCAAUACCUACCACCAUCAUAGAGCACUCAAUAUUACUCAGUCAACAAGAAUUGAAUUGUACAUUUUGCUAAGUAGUUUUGAGAAAAAUCUAAUAAAUUCAUCAUUCCAAGGAACAUUAAUGAGUGCCUUCUAUCUACUUCUUAAUGUGCAAUGCACAGGGAGUAAAAUAGGAAAAAGAGAGACAUGGGUCCUGAACACAUACUGUUUAAUAGGAAAGAAAAGACACUAAACAAAUACUUUGCGAGUUUGUUGGCUAUAAUAUCUCAUCCCUAAAGCCAUCCUUGUAUGUAUGGCUCUGUAUUGCUCAAUCUGAGACUAUAAACUAUAUUUUUCCUUUGCCAGGUGGAGC